AUGUCAGAGCUGACGGCCGGUGGCAAAAGCAGAGGUGCUGAAAAUCUAAGUGGUGUGACCUGUGGAAACGUAAACGAUUUCGUGGCGAGUACAGAUUCUGAUACCGAUACGUUGAAUGCAACGGCUAGACCGGUUACACCUCAGCAAUCACCACCGCCUCAGAGUAGUCGCGCCGGGCCCCGGCCGAAUGAAGUGGUAGGCGACAAUUGGGCGACAAACCGUUCGGGAGGACCGCCUGGUUCUAAUGUGGCUAACUCCGGCGCUUCCGGGGUGGUAUCUGAUCUGCAGUUCAACUCUCAGGAUCGUGCAGCGGAGGGUGCAGUGCCGAACUUGAGUGGUGGGUUUUUUUCUCUGCCAUUAAAUAGCCAACUGCCGCCGCAUCUAGCCGCGCCAAAGGACUCAAACAAUGGGCUGAAUUUGACGGAUUUACCGACGCACACUAACAGUAUAAACUGCCGGGAGGAGGUGGCGGUUCCUGCCAGGCGGACCAAACCGAAGAGUGAGAAUUGUCUGGCUAAGUUAUACUACAGUGGAAUGGCGCGGCGAAAAAGAGUAGAAGAGCGACUAGAGAUUUUACGAGCGCGCGAUAAGGAGCUAAGGAACUGUACUUUUAAACCGGUUAUCACGGAUCUCGCCAAGACAAUGGAACGGCCUGGAGCAUUUCCUUACUGCCGCAGUGAGGAAGCUCAGCUACGUCAAAGGGCCCUUCUCGAGACGUGGGAGUCCAAGAUUGAGAAAGAAUGUCGCCCCACCCCUAAGAUUUCCAAGGGGUCGGAACAGAUUGUCCAGCGUGUCAGGAGCAGCAGCGCUUGCGUGAUACCUGUGGCGGAUCGCCUGUACAUGGAGUCGGCUCGCCGUCAGUGCCGUAAGCAGGAGGAAGAGGAAAAGGGAUUUCAGCAAACUAUUCCACUUAGACGAAGUGCCAGUGAUGUGAAUGCACUCAUCCAUAGACUUUAUGAGUUAGAGGAGAAGCGGGUAGCGACUAUUGAGCGGAAGCGAGGCGAGUUAUGGUUAGAUACAAAGCCAAAACGUCGGUGUGAAAAUAGCGAGCAGCUCGUGGAGCGCCUUUAUCGACCCACACCAAGGAGGCGACGCCCUUGUAAGAGUGAGCCGAUUUUGUUUUCACCCCAAGUAAAUGAAACAACGAAGGAGCUAAGCCUUCGGGCAAAUAGACGGAGGUUGGAGCAGUGGCACCAGCUGUGGUCCAAGGUGUGGAAGGGGUAUGGCGAAAAACAAGAACGUCAAAUUAUUUGCUGUGAACACCUCAUGAUUCUCAAGAAGAUAGACGAUGUGGCGCGGUCUUCUGGACUCACGGGAAACUGUACCCUGAAUGAUUUUUGCACGGCAAUGGAGGACUACGAGAGGACACACGGUGUGCAACAUUGGCGCUUAACACCUCUCCCGCUAAAACCCCAUGUGAAUGAAGAUCUGACGUUUUCCCCGGUGAUUCUCCCCAGUCACAGGGAGCGGAAAGGCUCCCCUCCAGCACACCAGCGUCUAUUCGAAGCGGCAAAAGCGAAACAACUGCAGCAGAGGGAGGAAGAGAGGAAGAGACGUGAAGAGGAGCUUCGACAAGAGGAGAAAAGCAGGGCGGUGUCACGUCGUGCCUCCAGAAGGAGCUCAAAGCAACUAGACAUAAAAGAUCCCGCGGAGAAGGGGGCAUCCGCGUGGCCUUGUUCACCAACUGAAUCUGUAAGUAGUACCGACCAUUCCCGUGGCUACAAGUCCGUCGAACUUUCUUCCUUAUCACCUUCCAGUUCACCUGAGAGGAUGCCAGUGGGGUUUUCUCCACCUCCGGUUUGGCUGACACCGGGGCUUAUAGAGGUUGCGGAGGAUCUGAAGCAGCUGAUGGAUGAGCCAAGAGGAGGUUGGAGUUACGCGCAGCUCAAUCAUUCGCGAACGAAGGUGGAUGCACCACCUGACGCCACAUUGCGGCCUUCUCCGUCGGUGGGACCGAAGAGGAGUGGUUCAAACCAUAGACCGUUGCGUGCACCGCAAAAGAAAAAAAAGAGGAGGCCGGUCAGUGAGUUGCUUUCUGAUGAACUUCUGCUUGAGUGCGCAGCGAGCAGGUGCUCCCCAUUUUCGUGGAAUGUUUCUGCUAGAAACAGAGAACACCGUGACAGCAACCGACGUCUCCGCAAUAUGGGAAAGCUGCUUUAUCACAAAAUGUGA